UUGACUGGACCAAUAGAUGUGUAGCUAAGGGAACGAACGCUUCCUCAACUACAGUUUGAAUUUUCUAAAGUCGAGCAAGAAGCGUCGCGCCCAAAGUUUUAGGCCAUGAGCUGGGCGGUGGAGGAGUGGAAGGAUGGACUUCCAGGGAAAGCCCUGCAGAAGAUCCAGGAGAUGGAGAUCCAACUGGACAAACUGAAGAAGGAACGGACACAGAAGCAGUUUCAGCUGGACUCUCUGGAAGCUGCCCUGCAGAAACAGAAGCAGAAGGUGGACAGCGAACGCACCGAGAUCUCGGCUUUGAAAAGAGAAAACCAGUCGAUGAUUGAGUCGUGUGACGCUUUGGAGAAAACUCGUCAGAAGGUCGUUCAUGACCUCGGAGUCAAAGAGCAGCAGGUGAGCUACCUGGAGGGUCAACUUAACUCCUGCAAGAAGACCAUCGAUCGUCUGGAGCAAGAACUCAAGAAGUACAAAACUGAGCUUGAUCGCUCUCAACCUGCUGGAUCUUCCUCGCUGUCCACCUCUUCCUCCGACCUGCAGACGUUCAGCACUCCACAGAAGACUUUUGCUACGCCAGCGCCUGUCGCUGCACACAGACAGCAAGACGGCAAACUGGAGGAGCUUCAGGAAAAGUACAACCAUGAAGUGGAGGAAAGAAGAAAGCUGGAAAGUGAGCUCAAAAUGUUGCAGGCCAAGUUGCUGAAUCAGUCAUCCGUCAGCCACAAGGACAUCGCCGCCCGCCAAGCUGGGUCAUCCAUAUUCCCAUGGCAACAGCAGGAUCAGGUCCACAACCUGCGGGGCCAGGAUGUGAUGGAGACGCCGCUAAAGAGACGCGGUGCUUCUCUGUGGGACGAGGAAACGCCGAUCAAACCAAGCCAGCGGAUGAGUUCGUCCAGAACCGUCCAGAGUCCCGGUGGAUCGUCCCAGCAGACGGAGCAGCUGAAGAGCCUCAACCAAGAGCUGCGUGGACGUGUGUCGGAGCUGGAGAGGAAUCUGGCCGCUCAGGAAAAGGAAAUUCGUAACCAAGCGUCAAAGUUGCAGGAACUUCAAACUCACUUGAACCAAACCCGCAAAGAGCUGGCGGAGCGGGACAGAGAGCUGGCCAAGGCCGGCCACGAGCUGAGCCAGGCUGCAGACCGCCACCAGCAGCUGCAGGCAAAGUGUUCCCUGGUGGAGCAGAAGCUGAAGCAGGUCUCUGAGGAGAUGAGCUGCCAGAGGCACAACGCUGAGAGCUGCAGACGAGCUCUGGAGCAGAAACUCAAAGACCAGGAGAGAAACAGUCAGAAGGAGUUGGCUCAGCUUCAGAGUUCCCAUCAGGCUUUGGAUCAGCAGCUCAACCAGACCAGAACCAAGCUGACGCAGGAGGUCCAACAGGCCAAAAAAGAGAACAAUGUCCUUCAAGCGGACAUGGAGAAGCUGCGCUUGCAGAAGAAUCAGAUGGAGAGAGAAAUAGAGGAGCAGAAGCAGAAGCUGCUGCGGUCCGAACAAGGCCUGCAGGCGACGCAGACCAAAGAGCAAGACCUCCACAAAAAGAUGGAGGAGCUGCACAAAGAGAAGAGCGGUGUGACCAUCCAGCUGGACCGCAGCAGCAGGUCGCUGACUCAGCUGGAGGAGGAGAAGAGGACCUCGGAGCAGUCGCUGAAACGGACCCAGGGGCAGCUGGAGGAUCUGAAAGCGAAAUCUGACAGACAGGCCGAGGAGCUGAAGAGACUCCAGUCCAAACUUGAGCAACAGACUCAGGCGGCAGCAAGAGAGCUGGAGCAGAUGAAGAAGACGCUUUCUGACGCAGAGGCCCGGAGUGACAAAUCUCAGAAUGAGCUUCAGAAGCAGAAGCAGGAGAGCGAGACGCUGAGCAACAAGCUGACGGUGGAAGAGAAGGAGAGCGAAGCGUUGAAAUCAAACCUCCGUCAGAGUCAGGACGAGUGCCAGGCUGUGAAACAGGAGCACCAGGCUCUGCUGGAGUGGAAGAAGAACAAGGAGAACUUGAUCAACCAAACCGAGGCCGUGCAGCAGGAGCUCACUGACAGGAUUAUCACUUUGGAGGACAAAGCGAGUCAGAUGCACGAGGGCAACAACGAACUCCAGGCCCAGAUCUCAUCCAUGGAGGCAGACAAAGCCAGUCUGUCCGCCCACAUCGACGCCCUGAAGGGAGAACUCCUCAUGAGGAGCACGGAGCUGGAGGAGAAGCAGCAUCAGUACCAGCAGCUUCAGCUCCACGUCUCUGAAGCGGAACAGAAACACGGCAAAGAGCUGGAGAACGCCGGGAAGCAGCUGGCACAGCUCCAGGGACAGGUGAAAGAGCUGGAGUCCCGGCUGCAGAGGGAGACGUCUCGAGCCGAGCUGGCUGAGAAGACGAUCUCUGAGCUGCAGGAGGAGCACCAGGCUGCCUGCGACCUGCUGCGCUCCAAGGACCAGCUGCUGGAGCUGGGCCUGGCCGAGGUCAGCCAGCUGAAGGACAGCCUGGCUCAGUCCGCCGCACAGCAGGAGGCGCAGAGCGACAGCUUCGUGAUGCAGAAGGCCGUCCUGCUGAAGCAGUGUGAGGAGAGCGUUUCGGCGCAGGCUGAGGAGACGGAGCGCGUCAAGCUGCAGGCGGAGGAGGUCCAGCAGGAGCUGCUGCUCUCCAGACACAAAAUCACUUCCAUGGAGCAGAUCCUGAAGGUCCAGGAGCAGCUGGGAGCCGAGCUGCAGAAACAAAUUAAGACGAUGUCCGAUAAGGAGGAGGAGCUGACGAAGACGUGCGAGGAGAAAUCAGAGGAGCUGAAACGUUUGGAGGAGGAGCUGAAGGUCCAGCGGAGCCGGACGGAGGAGACGGAGCAGCAGCUCAGGGCGGCUGGAGCUCAGAUCCUCUCUGUGGAAAAUCAAAAGGCUGAGCUGGAAAAUCGACUUCAAGAGAUGCAGAAAGAAGCAGAGAUCCUGCAGUUCAGUCACACUGAAAGGAUAAACACUCUCCAGGAACAGAUCUUAUGUCUGGAAAAGCAGGUUGCUGCAAACCAGGAAGCRGCAGAGGAGGUUCCUGUCCUGAAAAACAAACUGGACGUGGUCAACCAGUCCCUUGCUCACCUUAACAAAUCUCUUGAAGCUUCAGAAAAGUGCCUCCGCUCUGCAAAUGAAAUAAAAGCUGACCUGGAGGUCACCUGGUCUGAGAAAGUGAAACAUAUCACUGCUUUGGAGGAUCAGAUCAAUAAUCUCACAGAGAAGCUGAGGACAGAGUCUGAGAGCCACAGYUCAGAGAUUGGGGAUUUCAUCAAUAAGGAGAGGAACCUCAAAGAGCAGUUGGAAGCCAUUAAGCAGUCGUCAGCUGCAACCAAAGCAGAAUCGAGCUCCAGACGGGAGGAGAUCCAAACCAUGAAGGCGACUCUGUCUGCAGUGUCCUGCGGCCUGGAAGAAAGAGACAACACGAUAAAGAGUCUGAAAGAGAAGCUGAACAAAGCAGAGGCAGAGCAGRCCAAAGCCUCUGAGCUCCUGAAGGAGAAGACGGUGGCCAUGAACAAAAUCAAGGUGCAGCUGGAGAUGCUGCAGAUGGACCUGGAGGACAACGAGUCGGCCAUGACCUCUGUGGACAGUCAKGUGGAGGAGCUGAAGGGAACCAUAGCGUCACUGGAGGCCAUGCUGGAGGACAGCAAARCCCAGGUUUCUGUCUUGGAGAYCCGUUUGGACGAGGUCCAGUCCCAAAACUCUCUGCUGGAGACAAAAUACGUGACAGCGAAGGAGGAGCUGCUGGAGCGGAGCUGCGAGAUAACCCGUCUGGAGGAGGACGCCGUCAGACGSCAGCAGCUAGAGGAGAGCGUCUCCGCCUUGGAGGCCAAACUGAGUCAGGUCACUGAGGAAAGCUCAAAGGCAGAGACCGAGCUGAGGCAGAUCAUUCAGGAGAAAGAGACCCGUUUGGAUCAGCUAAACGAGGAGAAAAACGGCCUCCAGGCUUUCUUAACGCUGCUGAUGGAUGAGCAGAAACGAGCUGAAACUGAAAUCACUCGGCCAUCAGUMCUGAUUCAUUGA